AUGGGGGCGCGCUACCCAGCACAGUUCUCACCUGGCCUGAAUUGGAAGGUCAGACGUGCAUUUCCUUCAGACCUGCAGGAUAACAGUGACACAUCACAAGAUGGAACAAACAAAGCCAGUAAAGGAGGAAUAAUAUACAGGGACUAUCUGCAGUUCAAACUCUUUUUUUUAAAGUUGGAUAAAAUAAUAAAUGCUCAAGAACUACAAAGUGAGAAGAAAGGAAAUACAAUUCAUGAUGAACACCUGUUUAUUAUAACCCACCAAGCUUAUGAAUUGUGGUUCAAGCAGAUUCUUUGGGAAUUGGAUUCAGUUCGUGAAAUAUUUCAGAAUGGUCAGGUGAGGAACGAAAGAAAUAUGUUGAAAGUGGUCUCAAGAAUCCAUCGAAUUGCCAUGAUCCUUAAGCUCCUGGUGGAUCAGUUUGCAGUUCUGGAGACAAUGACAGCACUGGACUUCUUCGAUUUCCGGAAUUAUUUAGUACCUGCAUCUGGAUUUCAGAGUCUGCAGUUUCGCCUUCUGGAGAAUAAGAUUGGAGUUCCAGAGAGCUUGCGAGUUCCUUAUAACAGAAAGCAUUAUAAGGACAACUUCAUUGGGAAGGACAAUGAGUUACUGCUUCAAUCUGAACUGGAACCAACACUCUUACAACUGGUAGAGCAAUGGCUGGAGAGAACACCUGGACUUGAACCUGAUGGAUUUGAUUUCUGGGGUAAACUGAAAAACAACAUUGAAAGAGGACUGAGGGAAGAAUUUUCAGAUAUCCAGUUAAAACCUGCAUUUGAGGGGAAGGAAGAUAUGCUAUGGGAGCUUGACAGACACAAGGAAGUACUUGCAUCAUUGUUCGAUGAAAAACGUCAUGAGCAUCUGUUGAGCAAAGGUGAACGGAGAAUAUCAUAUAAGGCACUUCAGGGGGCUCUCAUGAUCUAUUUUUACAGGGAAGAACCACGUUUCCAGGUGCCAUUCCAGUUAUUGAAUUCACUCAUGGACAUUGAUGCCCUUAUGACUAAAUGGAGAUACAACCAUGUUUGUAUGGUUCAAAGGAUGAUUGGAAGUAAAGCAGGCACCGGUGGAUCGUCUGGCUAUCAAUAUUUACGUUCUACUAUGAGUGACCGAUAUAAAGUGUUUGUUGACUUGUUCAACCUUGCAACCUUCUUGGUCCCAAGACACUGGAUUCCAAAGCUGACCUCUUCGAUUCACAAGUUCUUCAUUACUGCAGAAUGUUGUGAUAGUUCGUACUUCAGCAGUGAGGAAUCUGAUUAA